CAGCUGGAUAGGCUGGCGAAGUGUACAGCAGGGAGUCGAGAGGUAUCUUACGUUGCAGCUGAAAUACUGAAUAUUUCUGAGUGCAUUUCAGGAUGUCGUCUGUUAAAGUGACUGAAGGGCAUGUUAAUGUGGAGUCUAGCAAGACGCAGCUGUUUUACAGGCAAAGUGAGCCUGCCACAGGGGAAGCUCGGAUGUCAGUUUUGCUCCUUCAUGGCAUCCGUUUCUCAUCAGAGAACUGGCUCAAGAUUGGCACCCUGGAGGAGCUGGCCAAAGCAGGGUGCCGUGCCGUAGCCAUUGACCUGCCAGGCCUCGGCCAGUCCAAGUCAGCAGAGGCCCCGGUAGCAGUGGGACAGCUCGCUCCGGGAGGGUUUCUCAAGGAGGUGUGUGACGGUCUGGGCCUGAGUCAAGUGGUGGUGAUCAGCCCAUCACUGAGUGGCAUGUACUCCCUUCCCUUCCUCUUCCAGCACCAGGAGCUCGUACAGGCCUACAUCCCCAUAGCUCCCAUCUGCACCGAGAAGUUCACUGCAGAGCAGUACCAAAGCAUAAAGCUUCAUCUGUACAAAAGAAUGGAGCGACAUGGACCAAUGCCCAGAAAGAAGGAGCUAAAUCUUCCGCGCACACAAACAUUCACACUCACACACACGCACAAGAAAUCAACAAAAAUAAAUUUAAAACAUUUUGACUUCAGGUCUCAAACUUAUCAGCAGUGCUGUAUUCCUUUUUUUUUAAACUUCACUUAAAAUUCGACUGAUUUUACUCUUUUUUUUUUUCAAUGUUGCUGUUUUUUUUUCACACAUUUGUCAAACAUGGUCACAUAGCACCAGACUACAGACUACAGAAUCACAUACACACGUUGUCUUUCCCACAGAGACGCACCUACACAGAUGCAGCGAGGGUCGGGAGGGAGGGGCAGGGCAGGGACUCCAAGGAGACCCUCCCUUUUUGGGGGUUUGCUCUUUAACAGACCCCUCCCUCGAAUCCCCAGGCUGGUCCAUUUUUCUUUUCUCUUUAUUUAUGUAUUUAUUAAUUUUUUUUUUUUUGGCAAAAGUAAAUUUCUCAAACCACAGAAAACAGACCUGUGUCCCUCAGAACACUUGUGGUGUUCCCCGUCGCGAUUCACACACACACAGAAGUCACUCGGAUUCUCUCUGAGCUUCUGUUUGACACAGUCCCGUGCUGCUCUGUGGAGACCCACUCCCUGAGCUGACCUCUGACAUCCCACAAGUUCACAACGGGGGGAAAUUCAAACGCCCGGGAAGUGGAACUCCUCGGCUUGCUGCCCCCCCCCAGAGCUCGACAUCUCCCGGCUGGACGUGAAUCAC